AUGGAGCCGCCGCAAGUCGCUAUGCACUGCGAUGGCCCCGUUACCAAGACCCGACGCGGUCUACGAGUCACCAGGGAAAAGCAUCAAGGGAUAUCGUUUGUCAACGCAACCUCGGUCGCAAAAAUUCCAGGAAAUUCAUAUCUGCCUGCUACAAAGCUCAAGUUUGUUCUGGAGAAGCGGCAGAAACCCCGACAGGCGCCAAGACCGGUGACUGAGGCUGACCUGAGCCGUGUGCAAGGGGGUGAGAACCGAAGAAUUGCGCCCAGAACGAGUUCAAGGGACCAAGACAAGGACAUAUCGGAAAAGCCUUAUUCGACGAUUCCAUAUCAGUCUGUCGCUAGCAGAGUUCCCAAGGAAUCGCUCUCUUUCCCAUUGAUCAAAGCAUGGCGUCAACUGAACGAGGCGGGCGCUUGUUACAUCCCAUCACCUUCUGGCAUUCCCCUACCAGACUGGGUCUUACAUGGGCUUCCUGCAGAAAUCCCCGACGAAGGACGGAAAUGCUUCCACGCAUAUCUCUUCUCAUGUCCCAUAAGGCAUUACCCAUUUGAACAGCUGCAAGUCGUUUCGUGGCAACCGCUGUCCAUGGAUCAGAGUCGCUUUGAGCGACUGAUGUUAGAGCCAUUGAUGCUCAACUGUACUUUGACAAUGGGGGCCCUGUUCCUCCUGCUCAAAUCUGGGACAAGGGAGUCAGCAGGUUUUUCGAUGCAUUCGGCAAAACUGUGCGCCUUGGUCAACAAACUGUUGGGAGACGAGAAACAGACCAUCAGCAAAACGGUGGUUAUAAUCCAGUCUAUUGCGAGCUUGGCUAUUUUGGCAACAUUUCUUGGAUUGUAUGACCAUUGGUUGGCCCAUCUGAAUGGCCUCAAGCUGUUGGUCCAGGCGGCGGGUGGCUUACAGGUCCUCCCAUUACCAGUGCAAAUACUGGUAAAAAAAGCGGACUUAAAAGGGGCCUCCGAGAUAGUAACGACACCCUUUUUUGCCCAAGUACAAUUACAGACGCCGAUCUCAGCGAGUCUCCCUCGCGACCGGCGGAUGGCCAUAGAAGCCGACGUCCAACUAGCAGUUCGCCAAUACGAUGGUGUAUGCGAUGAUUUGUGCGAUACCAUCGCCUCUUUGGCUCUUCUUGUCGCCACAAUCGACUUUGCAGCAUCGCAGCGAGGGUCGCUGAUAUUUGAUCCGCUUGCGCUGAUGGAAGAAUAUCAUGGCAUUGAGUAUCGCUUACUGAUGGCCUCAGUCCCAAUACAGACACGCUUGGAGGCCCUAGAUAGGUGUUUGGACGGGGCUAAUGCGUUCCAACACCACAACAACCUCUCGUUCGGGUCACCUAGCGAUAUGCAACAGGAAGCCGAAAGGCCUCUUGACAUAAUUCUUCGUCUCGCGGCUCUCUUCUUCCUCAAGAUGGUCAAAGGCGGUCCAGCUGAUACUUUAGACGGACUGGUGCACAUGAUGCAGAUCUUGAAUGAGCAUAUGCGUCGCAUCACAUAUCUACCUUUAUCUAUGGCAAUUGAUCCCCCACACGGACUUUCGAGGAGCGCUCUCAUAUGGAUUGCUCUUAUGGCAGAUCAGAUGUUGAGGAGGAGCGAUUCCGAGGGAUGGAACUGGGGCUCAAGGAAAGUCGAUCGGUAUAUCUCUCGAGACUUUUUGGUAUGGGCCUUGGGCGGAGGAGGCGUUCACCAUGAUGAUUUCCGGCUGUGCCGCAUUUUGGACUUGGGAAGAUUCGAGGUUGGCGCAUGGGACCCUCGGGUACAGGUUGAGCAAAUCCUGGCAUCAUAA